AUGGAUCCUAUCAAGUACAUCUUUGAGAAGCCUGCCUUCACAAGGAAGAUCUCCUGUUGCCAGAUGUUGCUAUCUAAAUUUGAUAUCGCAUUUGUGAUGAGAAAGGCCAUCAAGGGCCAGGCCAUAGCUGAUUACCUAGCAGACCAGCCAUUGAAUGAUCUAGAAUUUUUAGAAUCCCUCUUUCUAGAUGAGGAUGUUUUGGCAAAAGAGCUAGAACCAAGCAAUGUAGAACCAUGGCGUUGGAAGCUUUACUUCGAUGAAGUUGCCAAUAGCAUUGGAAAUGGAGUAGAAGCAGUUUUAUCAUCCCCAAAGGGCCAACAAAUCCGUGUUUUAGUCAAGCUAAAUUUUGAUUGCACCAAUAACGUCACAAAGUACGAGGUGUGUAUAGUGGGCCUGCAAUUUGCUUUAGAGUUCGGCACGAACGAUCUAAGCGUCUUUGGAGAUUCCUUGUUGAUCAUCUCUAAAAUAGAGGGAAAGUGGCAAGCUCGAGACACUAAGUUGAUUCUGUAUCAGAAAUGUCUCAGCCGUUUAAACCUAAAGUUCCGGAACAUUACCUUUGCUUAUUUGCCCUGA